AGACAUGAAUUUGAGUGCAGGGAACGAAUGUUUACAUAUUGGAGUAUUGUAUAAUUCAACAAGUGGCUAGAAUUGCAUCAUGAAACGAGGAAUUUCACAUAAAGAGAAACCACUUUUCAGUAACUGAAUUUCCAAGAAUUGGAAACAACGAACAGAAUGGGCCCUUUUAGCCAAGGCACUUCACUUGAGGCGAAUAUUGCCACACUGUGCAGAAGAUUUAGGUUUCAUGAAGUGGAAGAACAUGUGCUGCCUAUUUUUCGCAAAGUCACUUGGAGACAAGUUUUGUAUUCGCUAAAGAGACAUAGGAAAAGUCUUAGUUUAGUGAAUAUUGCACAAGCACUGAUUGCAUCAGCAAAGGAUGAGCCGUUUGCAUUCCUGGAGGACAUGUAUUUUGAACUGUACCUCACACAUAAAAUUGUACACAGUAAAAGUUACACUUGGAAUGCAUUUAAAAUGAUCGGAGGUCAAGGAAAAGCUGGUCUAGUGACAGAAAUGCAGAUUUCUGAAGCACUGAAGAACUCAUUCAGAUCAUUAGCUCAUGCACCAAGAAUUAAAGUAAAGUUAUUUGGUUCUCUCUCUUGGAUCAUGAUUAUACAGAAGAAACAAAAGCAUUCUGGCACAGAGUUUGAGCAGCAGCCAUUCAUUUGUGCAUAUAUCCCUGGUGAACCAUAUUUCUUUGCUUCGCAAAAAAAUGUAAAAACAAACAUUUCAGAUGGGCUAUUGUCUACAUUUGGGUACAGGAGAUUAAAUGACUGCAAACUGUCAGCUCCUGAUAUUGCAUCAAUGGUAACACUGCUAAGAAAUAAAGCUGCUAAAGCGUUUGAUGCUCAUUCAGCUCAACAUUCUAUUGCUCCAUACUCUCCAGGGCCAAGUGUGGCAACAGAAGAUGGCAUGGAUUUUACUGAUGAACAGUGGAAGAUAAAUUAUGCCAACAUUGUUUUUGGAAAAGAUUGUCCUGUGAUAAAAAAGUUCACUGUUAAGGAGGUGGGGCCCAUUGUGAAGAACAGGCAAAUGUAUCGAACUACGUUUACCAUUCGGUCAAAUGACGUAUUUCAGUUGCUAAAAGUAUUACUUGUGAAAGGUAUUCUUACAAUGCCAUUAUCACCAUAUAUUGAAAGAAUAAUAACCCUUGGGAAAAAUACAAUAAUAAUAAUGCCUCAAAAUAUUAUUACAUCACAAGUGGAAGAUCAACACUGAAUUGAUACACAAAGUACUAGUGUACACUUCCUUGAAAGAUGUACUGCCCAUUUAAUUAAUGUUUUGUUUGAAGACAGUAACAGUCUUCCAUGCCAUACUCUUGAAAAUGUUAUUCACUAGUAGUUAGCAAAUACUGAUGUACUCUUCUUUUUUUUAAUUGAAGUCCGUAGAUUGUAGUUGAAAAUUCUGGAUUAUUGUAUGAUCAGCUAAUAAUGUGAAGCACACUUAAGUAAUAAUUAGGGUAUGUAUGACUGCCUUCUUAAUAAAAGACAAAGCCUUCCAAAGAAUGGAGUGAGGGGUUGGUGUGUAGUGAUGCCAGUAUGUUUUAAAAAUUAUGGCAAUGAAAUUUCAUUGGCUGUGUAUAAAUUAAGGCAUAAAGAAUAAUAGAGGUGUUGAGUUUUGAGACACACAGACAAGACCAAGAACUUAGAGAAAACAUGCACAAACGACUAAGUAGUGGCAGCAGACUACAUGAGGCCAUGACACCAGCUCGACUGGAGUGAGGGGUUGUAUGGUGUGAUGUGGGUGACGGGAGAAAGGAGACAGGGAGUGGGAGGGAGGGUUGAGGAAGGUUGGCAAAUGGCUGCAAAGGAGAAGCAGCAGGUGCAUAGGAAAGAAAUGCAGAACAAGCACAGGCAUCAACAUUGCUGAGCACAGGCAAUGCGAGAUGACGUUAAGGAGUUGACUGGGAGGGGGAGCUGAACAGAGGAAGACUGGGGUAGAGCUUGUGGCUACAGGAUGAACGAAGUUAAGAUCCUGGGGUAUAUGUGGAUGUGGAUGUGGAGGUGCUUGUAGAGCAGGGGGCUAGCAGAGAUCUUGGCUGGGAGGAUUGCAAGAUCGAAAGGUGUACUGCAAGUCAACUCCCACUACAUAAGUGAGAGAAGCUGGUGUUACGGAGAAGAAUCCACAUAGUGUGUGUUGUGCUCAGCAUCCUGUUCCUCCUGUAGGAGAUAAACACUGUCCUUGGCCACUUUUGUGACAGUGUCCAGUCAUUUGGAUGGACAGUUAAUUGGGUGUCAUGAUGUCAUCAUGUUCAAGUCUUCUAAGAGUUGUCAGCUCUCCUCAAAUUAUUGUUUCACAAAUCAAAGGCUGAUGCACUUGAACAAGGUGUGAAGUGUCUUAAUUACCUUUAAAAAUGUAAAAUGAACUUUCCUACAAUCUCAUCAUCUCACACUUGAUACAUGAUGCAUGGUGGUACUUAAAGUGCUGCAAAGUGUGUUUAAGGUGUGAUGUACAAACAGUGGUAAUGAUGGCAAUGGAUACGGGGUUCCAUUCUCUUGACUGUCACUGUAGUGAGCCAAUCGACCAAUAGAUCUUUAGUGCACUGUGACAUCUUAGUUGCUGGUGAGCACCAUGGGAGCAAUAUUAGGUUUCGAUAUUGGUGUGCUCCUCAUCCCUCAGCCCUACAUACUGGUGAAAAAAUUUACCAAGUUCCUUAUACUUAGAGCUCUUUCCAUGAGUUUGUGCAAUGACUAGCUCACGAAUAUUAAAUUUGGGUUCCUAUCUAUCUAUUAUUGGCAUUAAUCUGCAGUCUGCUUCCAACAAUUUCCUAUUUAGUCUUGCUUCAGGUACUCUUAACAGCCAAAAAGUUUAUAUCUUAACUUCAAAAUCGACCAAUCUUCUAAUGAAAUCAGAACAGUGUGGGACAUAAUUAGGAGUGAAACAGGUGCCCUCUGUGCCAACAAAACUGAAGACAUCAUCUUAUAUAUUGAUGAUAAUUGUGUAAGCAACCAAGAGAUAAAUGCAAAACUCUUCACUGACAAUUUCUUAAUUAUUGCUGAGCAAAUAGGCUACAAUGGCUCCUUAGAAAAUGCCAUUCAGAUACUGAAACACCAUUUUCCUAAUCCUAUAAGGGAUAUAAGUGUAUCUUCCCAGAACUAGAAAUGAAAUGACUAAAAUCAUUGCGUCUUUAGAAAGCAAAGGAUCAUCAGAUGUAGAAAAUAUUUACAACAAACUCCUACAAGUAUGCUCAGAUUAAUUAUGUAAAGUUUUGACACACACAUUUAAUGGUUUUGUAUAUCAGGUGUGACAUUACCUAAUAGUUUUCAGCUGAGUUAUAGCUCUCAAACUGGCAGUCCACACGAGUAAACCAUCUGCUAAUUUAUCCUCAGAUGCAGAGACUGCCUUUGUUUUAUGGGCUACCAAAGAUCCAGAAAACAGGUUGUAUUUGUCCCGUUUUGAACACUAUUGGGUCACCAACUUACAGACUGGCAAAGCAUGAUGUGUGCUUCACAUCUAGAACAUUGGUGAUUUUAUCAACCAAAUUAAACAUCUGCAUCUUGGUCAAGAUGAUAUAUUGGUCAGCUUUGAAGUUGUCUCCUUAUUUACACUCCCUGUCAAAGAUUGCAUAGGUCUCCUCUCCCAGUUACUCAAUUGCACAAUUGUGGGAUUGUUUAAGCACAUGUUGAUAUCAUCAUAUUUCAUAUAUGACAGCCAGUAUUUCCAUCAGUUUAAUGGUGUGCGAUGGGAAGUCUGUUAGCUCCAUCUAUAGUCAAGCAUUUUAUGGAGAAAUCCAAAGACGUCACUUGGGACACAGCUCCAGAUAAGCCAAGUUGCUUUUAUCGUUAUGUCAAUGACACUUUUAAUAUCUGGUCCCACGGAUGUGAAAAAUGGGGAGACCUAUUAGAACACCUGAAAGGCAUUCACAGCCACAUUAGGUUUAUGAUGGAAGUAGAGAUAGAUGAUGAAUUGACCUUCCUUGAUAUCCUUGUUCACCACACAAUGUGCACAGGAAACCUGCACUCAAGGAUCGGUAUCUGCAAGCUCUUAGCCACCACCAUCCAGCACAAAAAGUGGCAUUCUGAACACCUUUGUCCACCAUGCCACCAUGCUAAAUUCGUCUGUCACUGAAAAUCUGCCACUAGAACUAAGCCACCUCCUAAAAGUUUUCUGGUAAAAUGGCUGCAAUCACCUCCCGGUAUCACAGAGAUACCUGCCUUUCUGUAGCACAGUGUCGGGAAGGAUUAGCUGGCUCCUAAAGAGACAAAACAUCUCAUCAGUGUUCAGACCCCAGCAAAAAUACAACAGCUUAUGAGAUCUGUGAAGGACGAACUAGAUCUUAGAACACCUGGUGUGUACAAAAUUCAAUGUCAAUGUGGUUGCUAAUAUGUUGACCAAACAGUAUGCACUUGGAGCAACACCAGAUGGAACACGAGAGGUGCUUAUGGCCUAUGCUGUCUGGAAAAAAUCAGCUGUGGCAGAACACAGUUUAGAAAAUCAACACCAAAUUCUAUUGGAUGAAACUUCUGUCAUUAUGAGAAUGGAGGGAUUUUGGGAUAGUGUCAUAAAAGAAGCAGUAGAAAUAAAAAUAUCUGAAAACACCAUCAACAAGAACGGUGGUUUGCAGCUCAAUACAGCCUGGAAUCCAGCCAUUGUAAGGUUGAAGCGGGCACAACAGAUCAGGAUGAAAAUAGUACCAGAUUUCUCAAGGAAGAGAGCACUAAAUCACAUCACAGCUAGCAGCACGGCUAUGUAAUAGUGAGGCCACAGUUACAGUCCAGCCAUUUACAUCUUGACAAUAGCUGAGGAGAGCUCAGUCAAGAGCUCAUGAGAUUUUAACCCUUUGACACAGCUGGAAGCCUGAGAAGACUCUUAUUAAUUUCCUGAUCUACAUCUACAUUUAUACUCCGCAAGCCACCCAACGGUGUGUGGUGGAGGGCACUUUACGUGCCACGGUCAUUACCUCCCUUUUCUGUUCCAGUCGCGUAUGGUUCGCGGGAAGAACGACUGUCUGAAAGCCCCCGUACGCGUUCGAAUCUCUCUAAUUUUACAUUCAUGAUCUCCUCGGGAGGUAUAAGUAGGGGGAAGCAAUAUAUUCGAUACCUCAUCCAGAAACGCACCCUCUCGAAACCUGGUGAGCAAGCUACACCGCGAUGCAGAGCGCCUCUCUUGCAGAGUCUGCCACUUGAGUUUGCUAAACAUCUCCGUAACGCUAUCACGGUUACCAAAUAACCCUGUGAUGAAAUGCGCCGCUCUUCUUUGGAUCUUCUCUAUCUCCUCCGUCAACCCGAUCUGGUACGGAUCCCACACUGAUGAGCAUUACUCAAGUAUAGGUCGAAUGAGUGUAUGAUGCUCAUACUUCAAGUAACUGGACUAUGCACAACUCUGUUUAAAAAAUGAUAGCUUGAUAAUGUCAUAGGAUCGAGCUGCACAUCCCUUAUUUCAUGCCCAGCAGCUGACUUGCUGCAAAUAAUAAUCUGAAGCUGUGAUGCUCCUGUCAAAUAGGUGUAUGCAUUGGCCAGAACUGUGAAUUAAGAAAAUACACAGAAACAUAAAAUAAAAAAUAAAUGAAUAAUUUAAUUAAAAAAAGUUAUAUUCUAAUAUUUGUAAUUGAUGUAGAUAACAGAGAAAAAUGAUGAAUAAUAUUUAUUCAUGAAAGUAUACCUCAACUAAACAAAAAGUGUCUGUGAUACCCAUUAAAAUACAGACAGAAAAUAACCAUAUAAAAUGCAGCAAAAUUGCAUUGAGAGCAUUACGAGAAUGGUAGCAUAAUCCCGAAGCUAAAUAGACAUCCAAAAUGCAUGAAAACUAAGUUCAUUUUGUGAUCCCAAUACAAGAAAUAUUCACCAGCUCAAAAUGGGUGAGACUUCAGCAUGGUGAUUAACAAAAUAACACAUAUGAGAUAACGAGUAAAAACUCAUACUCACUCUAUUCUCAAUUCCGUAAUGCAAUGGGAAAAAGUUGGAGAAUAGUAACGGUCCUUCACCGUCAAGAAUCAAUCACCUACACAAUCGAAUAACUCACUUUGCCGUAGGAAAAUUUGCCUUCUUCCAGAAAAAAAUGUAAAAGUGUUUAUUCCGUAAUCCAAUCGGAAAAAGUUAGAGAACUGUAGUGGCUGUUCACUGUCCAGAAUCAAUCACCUACAAAACUGAAUAACUCACUUCACCUCUGGCAAGUGUGCCUUCUUCCAAAACAAAUGUGAAAGAGUGUGCAAAAGUUGAAGUAUCAUAGCAGCUGUUCGCUGCCCAGAAUCUAUCACCCACUCAACCAAAAGAAAACAAUAUAUCACUAGCAGGUCUUGUUUCUUCAGGAAGAAAUGUAAAAGUCCAGAAUUGCUUCAUAGAGUACAAGACCCGAAACAAGUCUCUCUCCACUUGACUCCCAUGGUGUUCUACCCCUGCCUGCUUCUCCAUUGGCUAAGAUCAUACCCACCAAAAAUGCAUCAUUCUUAAGUACUACAGACAUGAUCUGACUCAAGUUGAUCUCUUCCCGCAAGAAACUAAUAUAUUAAAACAUAAUUUAAAUAAAGAAAUAUUAUAAACAUUUGGUCACACUCAGAUCAUUUACAAUAAUUACAAAAAAGGGUUUGUUCAUAAAUAAAUAAGCUAGUGUCUUGGUCAAGUGUGCUCACAUUAAAUGACAGCAAAUUGUCAUUAAAUAUUGUUUAAACAAUUAUUUACACCUGAUUGAUAGAAGUACUUUUUGAUUCUCUUUUCGAUAGUGUAACAGCUAACACAUGUCAUUGACCACUUCUUAAAUCACUGUGAUUCUGUAUUAGCAAUUGUAAUCU